UGGAUUUUGCGGAAGGAAUCAUAUUAACGGUGCACAUUAUCACGCUGACAUGAAAUGCCUUAAGAUCGCAGGAGGUUGUACCUUUCAUUCAAUUUAGUUACAAUGUGUGUGCUGUACUAGAGUAUGGUAUUUGUAUUAAUUCACGAUUCACAUUGACUGACUUUAUAAAGCAGUUUGGCAACACCAAAUUGGUAAGGAAAGAUGACGAAAUAGAGGAUACGACUCGGAAGUUCCGGCUAAUCAGCUAGCUAGCCAGUUCAUUUUAUGGUCCAUCCUUAAUGGUCUGGUUCGCUAGAUAGCCAACUCGAAUUGUAGAAAAUAUUUAACUUUGAGAUCACCACGUUGGUAUUUUUUUAUGAAUACCAAAGUCAAAUAAUUUAAAUUAUAUCACCACUCAAAAUGGACAACAGUGUAAAGAGCUCCUCAUCCGAAGGAUCCAUUAUUGACCGAUCUGCACUGGUGUCAGACGAUGGGAAGAAUAAAAAGUCAGUUUUAUGCCAACGUUGCGGAUCCAAGGUUCUCUGUUCAGGAAUGGCUAUUUUUACAGAGAGGGAGAUCUUCCUGCCUUCUAUGCGAAAAAAGACCACCAUCAGCCAAUCAGAGGGCUCUGUGGAUGGGGACACGCUGACCACGCAUUGGUUAGUCGACGACAUGUACACCUUUGAGAACGUUGGCUUUACCAAGGACGUGGGGCGAAUCAAGUAUCUCAUUUGUGCAGACUGUGAGAUUGGACCCAUAGGUUGGCAUUGCUUGGAUGACAAAAAGAGCUUUUACGUUGCUCUGGAUAGGGUCGACCAUGCCUAAAAUGGUCUGUUGUCAGAACUUUGAAAAACAAGAUUUUUGUUUUCUUCUCCAAUUGUAAUUCAUUAUUUUUUCCAUUCAGCGUGGGGUUGGGUGUUUUAUAUAAAACAUGUUUAUCUAACAAAUGAAUACUCUUUACUAUUCUCUUGUUAUUCUGAUAAAAAAUGCUUCUCAUAUGGAUGAAUUCUAUGAAGCUGUUGAUUAAUUCACUACUGUAACUAUAAGCCCUCUGGUGUAGGUGGACUCAAUCUACAUGUGCAUGUGUACGUAUUAUUUUCCAAAUUAAAAAAAUAUUAUUACUGCCCUCGGUUAAUAUUAAUGGAGAUUGAAAUUUGAAUUGAUGUGUUGAACAAUUCGUAAUAUGUUUUGUGCUACAGUAUUAGGUAGGCUACUCGUUAUCAUCUACGAUAGACUUGACCACUCCCCGAGUCUCCCCUGCUGACUAGGGAGGGAGGCUUUUGCUUGAUGAGUUAAAUUAAUUUGUGGUAUAAUAGUCAGUACUGUGGUACUGUUACUAUAGGCAAAGCCACUGUUGCUGUUGGUCAGCAGGAAAGUUUGCCUCCAUACUAACCAUAACAGGAUCAUCACAUCAAGUACCUUUUACAACAAAGUUGCAUUCUUUGUACCUAGUCAUUUUAUAGCAUUGAGCAUAAACCUAAAAAUUAAAUUCGUAUCAUUCAAUCCCAAAGUAAAUCUGC